AUGUUGUUCUACGGCGUCCUCGAGACUUUCAGGGUGAGCAGACAAGAGGCGUCCUGGUCAGUGGCCCUGGCGGGUACCGUGCUGGUGCUGGCAGGUUGCGCCCUAUCCGGAAUGUACGUCGCCGCAAACGUCUUGGUGGCACAGCACUUUGAGGAGCGCAGGGCCGUGGCUUGCAGCCUCGUCUACACAGUGAGCGGCCUCAACAACGUAGUCCUCCCUCCCCUGGUGGAGUUCUUGCAAACGACGUACGGCGUCCGAGGAGCAUUUUUGCUUUACGGGGCAAUUCUGCUAAAUGCCAUUCCACCCAUUAUCAUUCUGAGGAGUCCACCGUGGCUAACGAAGUCGAAGCACGCACCAAAAAUGAUAGAACCCGGAAUAGACGACGCUUCAAACGUGACCAGGGUUUCAAGUGCUGGAUCGGGAGAAAAUGGCGCGACCACAGACUUGUCGCUGAAGUCUUCUUCGUACUCACAAACUGAGUCAGAGUGUAGGCACUCGGCAAGCCCUUCGAUCAGCACUGUGGCAAUCAGUUCACGCAUAUGCCUGUGUGAAGACGAAGAUUUAGAGAAGGUGUCGCGAGCUCAGAAAGUCCUGUCCUGCCUUAGGCUUGGCCCCACGGCGAAACAGUUCCUGACGUGGUCUUUCCUCGUUAACGGACUCUCUUUCGCCGCCGUUUUCUUCACCGCAGGCGUAUUCGUCUUAAUACCGGCGGAUCUAGCCGGAGACCGCGGCCUGAAGCCAUCGCAGUCCGUGUACGUCCUGCAGGCUUUCUCCACCGCGGACAUCGUGUUUCGAGCCGUCGUUGGCGUCGCAAUCGACUACCGCAUCUUAUCUAUAGAAUCGGCGAUGUUGCUGGGAUUUGUGGUGCAGGGGGCUGCUUACGAGUGGCUAGUGUGGACGGCGGCGCUACCACCGAUGAUCGCCGCUGCUUUCUUCAUGGGCGCCACCUGUGGGUCGAGACUGUCUCUGCAGGCGCCCGCCUUGGUUCAAGACUUUGGCAUCAGCACUCUGCCAACAAUGAUGGGCGGAGUGUCCUUCUGCGCAGGCGUCUCCCUCCUCGCCCGACCAGUACUAAUCGGGUACUACAGGGAUACGCUUGGCAACUACAAUGGGCUGCUUCAUUCGAUGGCUGCACUCAACGCGUUCUUCGUGUGCAUGUGGACGGCAAAGCUCAUCGUGAAGAGGAUAACGGCGCUGAAGAUGCAAGCUGCAGAGAACAAGGAAACAAGCAGGACUGACCUACAACACUCAGGAACCGAUGCGAAACGUAGCGGAGAAUCAUCGGCGGCUGCUUGA